AUGGGGAAGAUAAUGGAAUGGGCAGCGAGAUCUGAUCACUUAAGAGGGACUCCAAGGAAAACUGUGAUAACGGCAGUUGGUGCAUUUGCAAAAGCAGUAGCUAAUCUUUGCAACAAAACCACAGUUCAUAAUGCAGAUACUCUUAUGAAUCUUGUCCGGUCACGACCACCUGGUGUUCCUCUCAUCACUGUUAGUAAUCACAUGUCGACUUUGGAUGAUCCAGUAAUGUGGGGAGGUUUCAAGGGACUUCUUUCGCUUGAUCCAGAGUUGGCUCGAUGGGUUCUUGCUGCAGAGGACAUAUGUUUCAGGAACCCUAUCUUCUCCUACAUCUUCCGCACUGGCAAAUGUAUACCUAUAACUAGAGGUGGUGGAAUCUACCAAGAACACAUGAAUGAAGCACUCGAGCGAUUAAAAGAUGGAUCUUGGCUGCAUACUUUUCCAGAGGGCAAGGUGUUUCAAGAAGAUGUUCCUAUAAGACGACUUAAAUGGGGAACUGCAAGCCUCAUCACCCGUUGCCCAGUUACCCCAAUCGUCUUGCCGAUAAUUCAUCGUGGUUUUGAUGAGAUGAUGCCGGAGAACUACUUUUACGGAAGAAGGCCACCGGUACCCCUGUGGAACAAACACCUUCAAGUUGUGGUUGGUGAACCAAUCGAGUUUGAUGUUCCCAUGAUGGUUGAGAGCGCUAUCUCGGCCUCCCGACAUGUAACAGCUCCACUUCAAGAAGCGAAAUGGCCUGUCCUCUCUUCUGCUGGCCAAGAGUUAGACGAAACAGCUCAGAGAUGCCUCUACAUAGCUCUUUCCGAGAAGAUUCAAUCCUCACUGGAAACAUUGAGACUCUUAGCCAAGCGAUUGUGA